AUGUGCCCCCGCGCCGACGCCAACCUCAGUUUUCUCCCGCACCCUCGGGGUACCCCUUCCUCUCCCGGGGGCCCCGGAGGCCAUCUCUCCUCUUUACCAAAUCGCGAGGUUCUGCCCUCGGAGACCCCGGGGCUUGGGCACAGGUUGAGCCGCCAGCUUUGGGUGCGCUUGCGUGCCCGUGAGUCCGUGGGGCUCUGGGCCUGCGCAGACCCCAGGGACCCCCGCUUUCCCGGGGGCUGCGGCCGCGGGAGGGGGAGCCGCCGUUCCACUUUCCGCCUUUGCUCUCCGCAGGCCGUGUUUGCGCAGCUGGUGGCCCAAGAUGUACAGCUGACCGAAGGGCCCCUGCGCUGGUACAGCAACCCAGGCCUGGCAGGGGUGUUCCUGGGGCCCGGCCUCAGCUACAACCAGCACACGAGGGAGCUGAUGGUGGCUGAGCCUGGCAUCUACUACGUCUUCUUGAACCUGAAAGUGCAGCGGGUGGUGUCAGGGGCCAGUGGCCCCUGCUCGGUCUCCGUCGCCCUGCACCUGCAGCCGCUGGGCGCUGCGGCUGCAGCCCUGGCCCUGACCUUGGACUUGCCUCCAUCCUCCUCGGACUCAGCCUCGGGUUCCCGGGGCAGCCUGCUGCACCUGGGCGCAGGCCAGCGCCUGGGAGUCCACCUGCGCACACAGGGGGGCCCACACCCUGCCUGGCAGCUUGCACAGGGCGCCACGAUCUUGGGCCUCUUCCGAGUGAGCACCAGAGUCCCUGCUGGAUUCGCCUUGCCGCCAUGGCCCAUUGACACUGGGCCUGGGCCCCUCCCGCUGGACGGAGAAUGAAUGCUGCCUUCCUUCACUGGGGCUCCUGGUGACGCCCCGGCUACUCUACCUCAACCGGCUUGGCAGGGGUCCCCGCUGCUGACCCCCCCCCCCUCGAGGACUCUCCAAGUCUCUCUCCCCUUCCUGCCCUGAGUCGAACUCGGUAUUUAUUCUGAGCUGGAGCUCAACAAUGUACUUUAUAUUAAUCCAUUCAGUUUAUAUUUAUUGAACAUCUACAUGCCAGGCCCUGUGCAGGGCUGGAGAAACAUCAGCAAACCAUACAGAAAAAAAAAAAAAGCAGCAAACCUAUUUAUGUUAAUACGUGAGAAAUAAAGACCCCUCUGCGGCCCUGCUGUGGCAUUCCGGGGGGCUCGUCUCUGGGAGUCUGUGUGACUGUGCCGUGGGGACCUCAUGCAUGGAACUGGUUUGGUGUAUCUCCUGUGCUCUCAGGUACCGUUUUCGAUGUUGGGGCCACAGCCCUGAGCAAGACAGAUAAGCCCAGCUUUGCCGAGCUGGCUGUCAGGUGAGCCUGCUUGACACUAUGACCAUGACUGUGUGUGACCAGACCACGCGGGGGAGCGGGAGACCGUGCGUGGCACGGGAUGAGAGAAGACUUACAGACAAUGACGGCGAAGUAUCCAGACUUUAGUAUAUACCGGGCAGCGCGAGUUAUCUUAUCUGAGACAUAACCACCCUAUGCUUUAGGGAUUUCUUUCCCAUCUUAUUAUUGUUUGGGCUCCCGAAGUUACCUACUCUUUGUGUCUGUGUGGUGGAUGUGCUGUGUAACACCAUUCGGCGGGACCUGGCUUGCCAACUCUGUUCCGUGACCUCAUGCUGGUUGCUUAGAGUCAGCCGUGAGGCGUCUCUGUGCAGAUGCUUCAGGCCGACUUAAUGUAUUGUGUGUGGAUCGCCUGGUUAAGACCAGGAUGGAGGCAAUGGGGUUAAACAUGUGGAUUAACGCUGAAAAGUGUGUCUUGUCUCGGGCUGUUGCAUUGUGCAUCGCACACGAAAAAUUGAGGAAGUCUUGUGCUGCGGACCAUCAUCUGAUUUACCAAAGGUGUUGCUCAACAUUACUGGCAAGCCAGGGAGCGUGGGCUUCUUUGUCGGCCCUGUUCAUCUGAGUCUUUAAAGAAAUAAAAUCAGCCUGUGUUCAGUUGUCA